UGUUGACUUGCGCGUAUUUCUGCAGCUAUUUUAGAAAGAGAAAGCUAAAGAGAUCAAUACAGAAAACGAGAUAGAGAGCGUACGUACCUAUUGCACUGCUGGUACAUUACUCCUUCUUGGAAGUGUAAAGUUUUAAAUGUUAUUAUCACAUCCUAAAAGAUUACAACUUAAAUAUGAUGGCAAUAGUAGCAUACGCAGAAAUAGUGAUUGUGUUAGAAAAACAUAAAAAUAGUGCAAGGACAUACCGGAGUUAACUUUAAACAAUAUGAUAAGUUUUACAAUAAUAAGUUUAAUAAAAGCUUCAGUAAUAUCCCUAUUAGCAAUAACAUCAACUACAGAUGCAGAAUGCCAAACCCGACAAAUCUAUUGCUACGAAUGUGAUAGUUGGACCGACUUACGAUGCAAGGAUCCGUUUAACUACACCGUCCUUCCUAGGGAUCAACCGCCACUAAUGACAUGUAAUGGAUGCUGUGUGAAAAUGGUACGACACGCUCGAUCACCCUACGAAGUUGUUAGACGAACUUGUACAUCCCAGUUACAAAUCAAUUUGUUUAUGGUUGAUCACGUCUGUAUGAUGGAAAGUAGUGGAACAGGACAUAUGUGUUUUUGUGAGGAAGAUAUGUGCAAUGGAUCUACCAAGUUUCAAACCUCCAUUCAUGUCUAUCUAUCUAUUUUAGCAAUUUUAGCAGUUGGUAAUUGUUUAAAGAUAUAAUAUUAAAUGUUCCAUACCUACUUCAAUCACAGUCCUAGGCUGGUAUGGAACAACCUGUAGAUACAAGUAUGUUACAAUGGUAGAGAGAUUAGACUUUUAUUAACAAAAAAAAACAGUCUACAAGUUUGUUAUGCCAAUUGAUUGAACUUUAAACCUACUGGAAUGGAUGUAAGAUACAAAAAUGCGCAAAUUUUUCUAACAAGGGGAGUGCGGAGUAAGAGACUUUGAAUUACGGCUACCUGUCCUUGUUACGCUCAUUAUGUUAGUAGAUAGUUACUAGAUUUAUGUUUCAACGAUGAGCAUAGAAAUAAUAGUUCAAUAGCUAUUGCAUUUUGAUGCUUUAUAAAUUACCUACGCCAUUUUUCGGGUUGCAUGCCACUGGCUUCAGUAGCAUUGUGCAUCCGUUCCAGUAUGCAUAUAAAAAUACAAUGUACUAAUUACAAUGUUUAUUACGUCACAAAAUUGCACAAUUUCUCUGUAAAGCUACAGUUUUCUCGGAAGCGGUGCCGUCUUUAGCGGCCGUUCAAAUACGGUGGGUGACGUCACAAAAACGGCCAUCGAAGCGGUCACGCAUUGAAAACCAUGAAAUCUCUAUUUAGUGACGUUUUGCAUCGCUGCAACGCGUCGCGUCGCCGAGCUCAGCGCAAGUGAGAAUUCAGCCUUUAGACUGCACCACUUUAAUAGGUACUUUACGAUGUGUGUUAAUGUUCGGUUGGAAACCACAGUAUAAUACGCGUACGCGGCAACGUUUUUUAUGGUGUCACCCACCACACAUUCACGACCACUAAAAGACUGUACCGAUUUUGAGGAAAUCCUUUAAGUACCUAACAAAAUCAGUUUUUUUAUUCUUAUGACCUAUCAUACAAACUUUUUGACACAUACCAAAUUUUUACCAUAGCCACCGCUGAAUAGGCGAUUUGCAGUAUUUCUUUAACUUUUAGAUUGGUUGUGAUAUUAAUAUUAAGAGUAAAGUAUAUGAUAUGUUA